AUGGACUUGAUGUGCUCCAAGCUCUUUUAUCCACUUCUGGUGCUUUUGCUGCAAAUGCAUCCCCUUGGAUUUGCUUUUGGUUUUAAGCGUGUUACUAAUAUCAGGUGCCUAGAAAAGGAAAGGCAAGCUCUACUUGCAGUGAAACAAGGUCUCAUGGACAAUCAUUAUCUUUCUUCUUGGGGAAGCAACGGAUCAACAGAUUGUUGCAAAUGGAAAGGAGUCUAUUGUAGCAAACAAACUGGACAUGUUACUGAGCUUGCUCUUUUUUCCCGUUCCCCAUUUUUACCUCCGCAAGGUAAGAUUAGUCCUAAACUUUUUGAGUUGCAGCAUUUGGAAUAUUUGGACCUCAGUUUCAAUGACUUCAGCCAUAGCCAAAUCCCAAAGUCUAUUGGUUCUUUAAGCAAUUUAAGAUUUCUCCACCUCUCUAGCUGUAAUUUUGGUGGUGAAAUACCAUAUCAGCUUGGAAACCUUACACAGUUGCAAAUUCUUGAUCUUGGAUACAAUUACUUUACUAAUCCCAAAAACCUCAAUUGGCUCUCUCAUCUUUCUUCUUUAACAUCUCUUUACCAAGAAAUGGUGAAUCUCAGUAAGGUUUUAGAUUGGACAAAAGUAGUAGAUAGGCUCCCUAAACUACAGCAUUUGACAUUAUCAUACUGUGAUCUCCCUAUGCCAAUUUUUUCAUCUCUUUCUCAUACAAACAGUUCUAAAUCUUUUUCUUCAGUUGAUCUCUCUGGUAACCAUCUCGACUUUUCAAUAUUCCAUUGGUUGUCAACCUACAAUACAAGCCUUGCUUCUGUUGACCUUUCUGCCAACCAAUUAAGUGGUUCAAUUCCUGAUGUUUUUGGCAACCUGCGAUCUCUUGUGCAUCUAAGUCUUGUUUUUAAUUCAAUAGAAGGACAACUUCCAAAAUCAUUUGGCCAGUUAUGUAGUUUGCAAUCGUUGGACCUUUCACUAAACAAUCACAGUGAAGAGUUUCCUGAGUUUACUCGAGUAUUAUUUGGCUGUGCUCGGAACUCAUUAAGAUCACUAAAUCUCUUUGGCAAUCAACUGACUGGAAGAAUACCUGAAAUAUUAGGUUCCUUGUCCAACUUGAGAGCUUUGGAUGUUAGUUUAAACUCUUUGACAGGAGUGAUGACAGAAGCUCAUUUCUCAAAACUCUCCAAACUGCGGCAUUUGGAUUUAUCUUACAAUUCAUUGUCUUUGAACAUUCGUUCUAAUUGGCUUCCUCCUUUUCGACUUGGCACAAUUGGAUUGAAGUCUUGCAAAGUCGGGCCACAUUUCCCAAAUUGGCUUCGAACAUCUCGGAGAAGCUUUUAUGACCUUGAUCUUUCUGAUGCUGGUAUUUCUGAAGUCAUUCCAAGCUGGUUUCAAAAUAGCUUUAUGAAAAUCUCUCGUGACCAAGUAGGAAGUUAUCGUUAUCUGAAUUUGAGUUCAAACCAAUUGAAAGGGCCACUUCACUCACUACCACCAGAAGUGGCAUCUUUGGAUUUGUCCAAUAAUAAACUUUCAGGGAGGAUCUCUUUCUUGUGUACAAGCAAUAACAGGAAUAUGACAUUUCUUGAUCUUUCAGGCAAUUCUUUUUCUGGAGAACUUCCAAAUUGUUGGAAGCAUUUAGAUAAUCUAGUCAUUCUUGACUUGAGUAACAAUUCCUUUUCUGGAAAAAUUCCUACUUCAAUCGGUUUUCUAGCUUCUCUUGAAACAUUCAAGCUUGGUAAGAACAAUAUUGUGGGAGAACUGCCUUCAUCCUUGAAGAAUUAUACGAACUUGAAAGUUUUUGAUAUUGGAGAAAAUAGGAUCACAGGAAUGAUACCUGAAUGGUUCGGAAGAAGCUUUUCAAAGUUAGCUAUCCUGAUUCUUCGAUCUAAUCAAUUUAGUGGAAGCAUGCCUUUGGAAUUAUGCCAUCUGAAAGACAUUCAACUUUUUGAUUUGUCUAGGAACUACUUGUCUGGCGCUAUACCUCAAUGUCUGAACAAUCUGACUACUUCGGCUCAAGAAGGAAGUUUUGACCCAAGCAUCACACACCGUAGAAGCUUCUAUGUAGAAACAACACGUUCUCUUGUGGAUUACAAAGAUGAGGCAUCUUUAACAUGGAAAGGAAGAAUGUCAGAGUACAAAAGCACAUUGGGACUUGUAAAGAGCAUUGAUUUCUCAAGCAACAAAUUAGAUGGGGAGAUUCCUCGUCAAAUCACUGAUCUUAUUGGAUUGGUCUCUCUGAAUCUAUCAAGAAACUAUCUAACAGGUCAGAUGCCUCCUCAAAUUGGGAAGUUGCAGUUGUUAGAUUCCCUCGAUUUAUCAAGAAACCAUUUAUUUGGAAGAAUCCCUACAAGCCUUGCUCAGAUAUAUCGUCUUGGUUUCUUGGACUUGUCGAAUAACAACUUAUUGUGA